CACACACACUGACUCACUCACUCACUCACACACACACACACACUUACACACAGAGUGUGUGUGCAGCAGAGAGGGAGAGCGGACGAGAGACUCUUUAAGACUCUGAGGGAGGAAGAGGAGACAGAAAGAACCUCAGAGUGCAGAUCAUUUAUUAUGUUGUGAUCUGAAGCAGCAGUAGAGAGAGGACAGACAGGUACAUCAGACAGACAGGUAAACAGGUGUCUCUCUCCUCUGAUGAUGGACGACUACACCCUUCCCUUCUGGAUUUACCUCGGCGUUCUCACCGUGUUCAUCGGUGGGGCCAUGAAGAAGAUAUUGGCGUCCCACCUGAGCGCCGGCCCCCUGGUGACCUGGCUGGGGGCCACGGUGCUGGUGGAGCGGCUGUGGGCAUUUUGCCUGCCGGCCGCGCUGCUACUGGCACUGCUCGGCUUCGCCUGCUGCCUUUACUCCAGCACCAAGACGCGCCCGCCGCCCGCCGCGUUGCCCGCACAUGGGAAGGCUGUCCUCAUCACAGGAUGUGACUCUGGAUUUGGGAAUGCGGCAGCAAAGCGUCUGGACGCUCUGGGCUUCGAGGUGUUCGCCACAGUGCUGGACCUUUCAGGAGACGGAGCCAGAGAGCUGCAGAGGAGCGGCUCCCCCCGCCUCACCCUGCUGCAGGUGGACAUCACUCAGCCCCAGCAGGUUCAACAGGCGCUGCUGGAGACCAAGGCCAAGCUGGGAACCAAAGGUCUGUGGGGUUUGGUGAACAAUGCCGGUGUGUGUGUGAACUUCGGAGAUGCCGAGCUGUCGCUGAUGUCGAACUUUCGCGGCUGCAUGGAGGUCAACUUCUUCGGCACGCUCAACGUCACCAAGAGCUUCCUGCCGCUGCUGCGACAGGCCAAAGGACGCAUCAUCACCAUCUCCAGCCCUGCCGGCGACCAGCCGUUUCCCUGCCUGGCAGCAUACGGAGCGUCGAAAGCAGCUCUGAACCUUUUAAUCAACACUCUGAGACACGAGCUGGAGCCAUGGGGGGUCCAUGUGUCCACUGUCCUGCCCUCCUCAUUCAAGACAGGUCAGUCCAGUAACCGCUCGUACUGGGAGCAGCAGCACAAGCAGCUUCUGCAGAAUUUGUCUCCGGCGCUGCUCGAGGAUUACGGCGAGGACUACGUGACGGAGACCAAGGAGCUGUUCCAGAGCUACGCCAGCCAGGCCAAUCCCGACCUCCGGCCCGUCACCGACACCAUCGUGCAAGCGCUGCUGUCGCCGCAGCCGCAGGUGCGUUACUUCGCGGGGCCCGGCGUCGGCCUCAUGUACUUCAUCAGCAGCUACUGUCCCUUCAGCAUCAGCAACCGCUUCCUCCAGAAACAGUUCGUAAAGAAGACGCUGAUGCCGCGCGCUCUCAGGAAGCAGUCGGGCUUCGACCUGAACCUGAACAACAACAACAACAACAACAACAACAACAAGGAGGAGAAACCCAAAGUGUGAGACUUCUCUGUCACCUGCCGGGAGGCAGCAGGUCUUCACGUGCCUUCAUCAGAGAGAUUUAACCUUCAGACGGUGUUUAUCUUUUUAAAGUUUAUCUUUAGGUGUUAAAUCAAUAAUCACUUAAAUCAGCACUCAGGUUUCAAUAACAAAUAAAUAAGGAUAAAUUCCGGAUUCAAUCAAUAUAAUGUCAGGAUUCAAUCAGGAUUCAAGACACAUUUUAAUCCGUACUCAAUUAGGAUCAUAUCAGGAAUAAAUUGGGAUUAAAUUAGAAUUCAAUCCAAAUUAAAUCAAGUUUGAAUCAAGAUUCAUUUAGGAUUAAAUCAGGAUCAAACUGUCAGGAGCCUUGAAACGAGCUGCUGUAGUGACGUCAUCAGAUUAUUAAUUUCUCUGAAUAUACAUCUAACAACA